AUGCUUGCCGCCUAUAAGCAGUCGCUCCUAGCUACGAUCAAUGAGAAAGGGUUACAAAACAUGUAUCCGCCCAAUUCACCCGCUCUUGACCAGAUCGUGGGCAGAAUAACUACCCAGAUUGACCAGCUUUGUACCGCAUGGCGUGUACCCCGCGAGGUUGGGCAAGAUAUUGUCAAGCUGGCCCUCUUUGAUGUUAUCUUGUACAUCGAUGACAGUGGCUCCAUGCAAUUUGAAGAGAACGGAGAACGUAUCAAGGACCUUAAGCUUAUUCUCUCUCGUGUUGCUUACGCUGCGGCUUUGUUCGACGACGACGGCAUCCAAGUCCGUUUCAUGAACUCUACAGAGCAGGGUGAUGGCAUUCGCAGCGAGGCGCAGGUUGAAGCUCUUGUUCAACGCGUCCAGUUCAAGGGUUUGACCCCAAUGGGUACUAGCUUGAGAAACAAAGUCCUGGAGCCUUUGGUUGUUGGACCUGCCCGCGCUGGCCAGCUCAAGAAGCCAGUUCUCAUUAUUACCAUCACUGAUGGACAGCCCGCUGGAGAGCCGCAAGGUGCUGUGUUUGAUGCUAUCCGGUACGCAAGUUCUGAAUUGCAAAACAACACUCGCUAUGGCCGCGGUGCUGUGUCCUUCCAGUUCGCUCAAGUUGGAAAUGAUCUCAAAGCUCGGGAAUUCCUUUCUAAGCUGGAUGAAGAGCCUGGAAUUGGGGAGUUGGUCGACUGUACUUCAAAUUUCGAAGUCGAACAGGAUGAGAUGUCUCGCGCAAACCCACCUGUUGACUUGACACCAGACCUUUGGUUGGCAAAAAUGAUCCUCGGUGCUAUCGACUCCUCAUAUGAUACCAGAGAUGAGAAGGGUGGUUCUCGCCCCAACCCUCCUCCCCAGCCUGGAUACGGAGGUCCUCCACCUCAAGGACAAUAUGGUGCUCCUCCUCAAGGUCAGGGUCAGGGUCAAUAUGGCGGCGGUCCUCCCCAACAGCAAGGCUACCCUCAAUAUCCCCAACAAGGCGGGUAUGGUCAACCUCCUCAGCAGGGAGGCUAUCCGCCUCAGGGAGGCUAUGGCGGUCCACCUCCACCUCAAAGAUACUAG